AUCUCAAAUAUCCAUACGAGAGCGCCAUCUGAGUCAGUUAAAACAGUCCAGCGAAAAGUGCUCAAGCCCCACUUCUUGUCUGAACGUCUGCCAGUGAAGACCGGGAGGGAACCACCUAACACCACACAAAAUGAGCGACCUCAGCAAGAACGACAUUGAAAGGGCAACCUUUGCUUUCUCCAUCUACGACUUCGACGGCAGUGGCAAAGUCGAUGCCUUCAAUGUGGGCGACAUCCUGAGGGCACUCAACUCCAACCCCACACUGGCCACUAUUGAAAAACUUGGAGGCACCAAGAAGAAGGGCGAGAAGAAGCUUACAAUUGAAGAGUUCCUUCCCAUCUACAGCCAAUGCAAGAAAGACAAAGACCAGGGCGGCUAUGAAGACUUCUUGGAAUGUUUGAAACUCUACGACAAAGCCGAGAACGGCCUUAUGCUCGGAGCUGAACUUACACACACACUUCUUGCGUUAGGCGAGAAGCUCGAAGAGAAAGAAGUAAACGAAAUUGUAAAGGACUGCAUGGAACCUGAAGAUGAAGACGGCAUGAUCCCUUAUGCAUCAUUCCUGAAGAAGGUGAUGGCGUAGAGGACUUCAAAUGUCGUCAUAUCUUUAGCUAUAAGAUCCUUUCCUCAAAAAAAUGGUUGCGGGUUGGCAGGGCCCUCAGAAAGUGGCGGCAGCACCGGCGGCGGCGGAAGCAGCGCCCGCGGAGGGCUAAGCCCCCUCGGAGGCCGUCGACCUUCGACCUUCGACCUUCCACCGUAGCCUUCAUCUUACGGCACGCCCUCGCACUGACCACCUUGCGAAACUUCCUCGUACAUACCAUCUAACGACUCACCCCUUUUUAUACGGAACAUCAAUUAUAUACAUUUUGUACAAUAUGUUUAUGACUUUAAUAAAGUAAGAUUAAAGAAAGUACUGUGAACGCACGUUGUACGUGUUUUUAAAUUUAUUAUUAUUUAUAAGUACGUUUAUAAUGACAUAAAAACAUUUAAAAAAAAAACGUAAAUUAUUUUAUAAUAAACUAUUAAAACGAUCGGUC